UUGAAGCCCUGUUGGGAAUGUAGGCUGUUGUUGAACACAGGGGAUCGUUUUGAUAGCCCUGGUUGGACGAAGUGUUCAGUGGAGGCACACAAAUGGCACGACAACGAGCUUUGCUUUCCCUAUUGGCUGACUCAGUCUCAUUAGCCGACUUUCACCCUUUUCCGUCGACUGUUGCCAUUCUUGACGAGUGAGGGUGAAACUUGGUUUGGGUGGUUCAGGGCUGAAGGACUUCCUCCCAAUUGCAACGUUUCCGCAUAGUAAUUGAAUGAAAUACUUACCUCCGGUCCUGAAACUGCGGGGAGGAAUCCACAGUGUGUACAGCGGAAAUGGAAUCUGAACUUGCCGCCAGGGCUGCAAGAAUUGAGGUUCUCGAAAAUGAACUCAAAGGUGAACGAUUGAAGACUACUCUCUUACAGAGAGAAAAUGCAGCCCUCCGCGAAGAGUUGGAGGAGUUGAAAGAAAGCAUGGAGCCGCCCAGCUUCCUCAAAUCCGCAUCAAAUACACCGGCCAAACCGGGAGACAAGCCUCCACGGGUGAGGAGGACGAGCGGAGCCAUCGGCAGGUCUCUGGACGACAAGAGUGCCAAAGCGGGUAUUUCGGGAGAAUUGUUUGACCCGGAAACCGUACUGAACUUCAAGAUCACCUACGUCACAAAGGACCAGGAGACGAAAACGAACCUGGAGAAUGCUAUUCGCAGAAACCCAAUGCUAGGCAGCUUGGAUGUGCAUCAGAUUCGCGAUAUAGUAGAUAGCAUGGAAGUGGGCCGUUACAAAGUUGGUGACACUAUCAUCCAAGAAGGAAGUCAAGGCGAUAAAUUGUACAUCAGCGCUGAUAAUGGAACCUUCGAAGUGGUAGCGGGUACAAGUACGAUAGCAACAUUCGGCAGUUGGGUAGUGUUUGGAGAGCUUGCUCUUCUGUAUGGAUGCCAGCGCACAGCCACCAUCAACCUUAUAGAAUCGGACGAUGACGGUACAGACAAAGAGGACGUCCAGGUCUGGUCAAUCAAGCGGCGCACGUUCCAGAUGAUCACGCUAAAGACGGGCAUGGUGCGACAGCGCAAGACCUUGUCCUUUGUGCGAAACAUUUCCUUCUUCUCGCACCUGAAAGAUAAAGAGGUGGAGCUGCUUCGGCUGGUCGACGCCCUGACCGAGGAACGGUACAUGCCCGGAGAGUACGUGUUCCAGCAAGGUGCAAUUGGCGAGACGUUCUACAUCAUACAAGAGGGCGAGGUUGUCGUGGAGAACAAGUCCGGCGCGGCAGGCAAAGACCCGGUUUUCGUGGCCACUCUGCGCCAAGGCGACACGUUUGGUGAAACGGCUCUGUUGCAUGAUGACAUACGCACGGCGGACGUCAAGGCUGUUACCGAUAUUGUCCUGCUUGCUCUCGGGCGAAAAAUGUUCGAGCGGACCUUGAGCCUGGUGGAGAAGAAGUACGAGUCCGCACUGCCAGUCUCCACGAUCUAUGAUGCGGAUGGGAUGGGUUUAAUGCCAACAACAUCCUCAUCUCAUUCUGUGGAUCCCACAUACGAAGAUCUUCUCAUGCAAGACUUUGUUAUCCUUGGACGACUGGGAGUAGGUGGGUUUGGCCGGGUCGAGUUGGUUCACAUGAUCGGCAACGACACCAAAACAUACGCACUCAAGUGCCUGGCCAAGAAACAACUCGUCGAGCGCAAGCAGCAGGCCCAGGUAUUCCGCGAGAGGGACCUGCAGAGAUCCAUAAAGCACCCAUUCAUUGCUCGACUGUACGGCACCUUCAAAGAUCCAUGCUUUCUGUACAUGCUGAUGGAGCCCUGCCUCGGUGGGGAGAUGUGGUGUGUCCUAAGAGAUUGCGGCCGCCUGACAGACGCAGAAGCUCAGUUCAUCACCGGCUGUGUCAUCGAAGCACUGUCGUAUCUACACCGUCGUCACAUCGUUUAUAGGGAUCUGAAGCCGGAGAAUCUGAUGUUGGACAGUCGUGGCUACUGCAAACUGGUGGACUUUGGCUUUGCGAAGAGACUGGACGGCCCGGCGUUCAAGACCUGGACGUUCUGUGGUACGCCGGAGUACCUUGCACCGGAGGUGAUUCUCAACAAGGGACACUCCUUCACCGCUGACAUCUGGGCAGUCGGCAUCCUGAUCUUCGAGCUCCUAAGCGGCUGGCCUCCGUUCGUGUCCAACAAGCAAGUCGAAGUGUACAGCAAUGUCCUGCGCGGCUUUGACAACCUUACCCGCUUCCCGGCCGACAGCUUCCCGGCCGUUCCCAAGUCUCUUGUGCUGAGCCUGUGCCGCCUGAAGCCGGCCAAGCGGCUCGGCGCAGGCCUCGGCGGCAGUGGCAUUGGUGCCAUCCAGAGUCACAAGUGGUUCUCGAACUUCAACUGGCUGAGCCUCCGCAGCCAGACCAUGGAGCCCCUCAUCGUGCCCAACAUCAGCAGCGAAACCGACCUCAGCAACUUCGAUCAGAAGGACAAGAACAAGGUGAAGCCAACCUCGCCCGACCACAGCGGCUGGGACGAGGGCUUCUAGUUACGAUGCAACUGUCGCUCGCUGACCACCUGUGGUACUGUGCACGUGGAAUUUGCCGGCAUCGGAUGAGUCCAACGCUGGUUGAGUCUCUGAUCUGUGGAUCACAAUGGGCUCAGUGACCCUGGCAUUUUCCAACUCACUGCAAAAAACUGACUUGAAACAGAUUUGACCAUAUUUGGAAUGAGAACUUAGCACAGACGUGCACUAGAGUUUCAUCCACAUGACGGACGGACCUAUUGCGACAAUACGGAAUCUUUCUCACUGAACUAACUUGUACCAAAAGUUUAUGACACAACGAAUGUGACCUAACCGUUCUGCUAUAUCCAAUGAAACAGGUGCACAGCGUGUCUGCAGUGCUCGUUUCAAGGCGUGGGUUCCAAUAGAUGAAACACCACGAUGCAACGUACCACCGAUAGGAUUUUUAUUCUUGUUCUCUCCCCUGGCAAAUCGGACGAAGUAACCAGAUGCUCCGAUCAGCUGACUGCUCAUCAGUGUACAUGCUAACACAAACACACGCAAACCUCGCAUCUCUAACCCUUUCUUGUCUCUCAAAUACAAUGGAUAUACAAUGUUUACUCUCACUUUCUUUCCUCGUCCUAUCAGCUUCUUCGCGUCACAUUCAUGCUGGUUUUAUAUCGAAUCACUUUUCAAACAACAGAGCAGUGACAUAUUUACUCGGAUCAUCUUUUCCGUAUAGUUUCUAACUUUCUACGGUUUCUAACACGCACGCUUCCUAACUUUCUAUGGGUUUUAUGGUUUCAAUGGCUUGACAUUACAUGCCUGUUUUCUACUUCGAAGAAGUCUAUCUGUAACUGUAUCCGUUUUCAGAGCAUUCUCUGCUCGGCUUCUAUUUGGAUAUCAGUAUUUCUUUCCACCUGAUUCUAUUGUAUGACUGAUA